GUGAGGCAUCAAAAUGGAUGAUUUAGAUCACAGCAUGCACAUUGCAGACUAUGACUGGACAAGCUUUUUCGAUGACAGUGAGGAAUGUGGUCUGCUGCAGCCUUCGCUCGCCUGCCUCGAUCACUCCAGCUUCAGUGAUUCAGAGGAUUCAGGAAAAUCAAGUCCAGUAUUUAUCACAGGCCAACAUGGGCUGCAGCAGAGCCGUGAUGCAAACAGUGAUGAAACUCAGAGCAAUGCUGAACCCUGUAGCAUGGAGAAUAAUCUGAGUUGGUUAGGUGGAGAAAAAGGUGAGCCUAACACAAAAGCCAAAGAAGACACUGACACACAGGUAAACUGUAAAAUAGGUCUUGAUCAUGCUGAGGAAAAUGCCACAAACACAGAGGAGGUGAAUGUGAGGGCUGCAGAGCAUGUCAGAGUGGAGACAAAGGAUGUCACAGACACACUUCAAACUAAGCAAAUAGAUGUUCAGUCUUCAGAUGCAGAAGAAGCAGAGGAGGACAAUGGAGACUUGCAAACAGAGAGUGACACUUGUAAACUCAAACCCAUUCAAGAACCUGACCCACUUUCUUACAACCAAACAGAACUUAAUGUGAAUGAGCAUCACAGUACAAACAGAGCUGAGAGUGUGGAUGUGAGCGGUGUCGCUUUAAGAGCUGAAAGAGAGCGCUGGUUCGUGACAGUGAAUGACAGUCCAGCAAGACAGCGGGUGUGCGCCCCCUCCGGGAAAAAAAAACGAAGACAAAAAAAAACUAGGAGGCACAGUCACAUGUACAGAACAAGCAAGCAGGAGACGUCCUUUGAAAAUGGAUUCAAGUUAGAGAUUAACACAGAUAAUAUUGAGUCUGACAUAUCUGAGGUGUGUCAAAAUGCUGAAGACAAUCCUCAAAGCCAUCUGGUGGGAGUCACUUCAGAUUUAUCGCAAAUGUCUUCAACAUCCGGUGAAGAAGACAAUUUGUUGGAGAAACUUUCAAUGUGUCCUUACCCCAAAGACAUUUUCACAUUGCAUGACACAUUUACAACCAAGGGCCCUUCACAGUUUGACAUAAUGGAGUCUGAUGAUGGUGCUGAGUUCCUUUCCACUCACAGUUAUGAUUCUGAAAGCUAUCUCUCAGCUGCGGAAUCAAUAGAUGAACCUCAGCAUUGUCUUACUGAAAACCAACCUCUAGUAUGUGCCGUCUCUCUAGCAAAAACCACCUGUCUAAAUGACCUGCCUGAAAACACUGACGCUGAUGACACACAAGUCAUAGAAUUGCUUUCACGUGACAACACUCUGUUCUGCAAUGCAACGGCACCUGUCUCUGAAGGUCAUGAAAGUACCAGUGUUGAGCCGUGCCAGACAUUUCCAUCUGUGGGCCAAAGAGUUAACAAAAUGCCAGAUGACGACUCUACAUGUGUUAACGACGCUCACAGCGUGGUACCCUGCAUGUCCUCAGAUUCACCUGGACUCCAAAAACAUGAAAUUAAUCUUCCAGCGUCUGUUUGCUCUUCAGGGGAUCAGCUCAGCUCUCUCACUGUUCCUGAUUUAACUGUACAGCCAUGCUUAGUGGUCGACAGCCCGGAAACAUAUGCUGAAGCUGUGGGAAACACUCGACCUGUGUACGCCAUUUCUGCUUUUUGGGAUGAAAUGGAAAAGUUGACGAUAAAUGACAUUUUGCAGUUAAGGAUGGGUAGAAGCCCACCUCCCAGGAAGACGCAUGAAACGGUCACACCAGAUGUUGGUGAUUUCCCCAAAAAUCCCAGCUCUUCAGAUGAAACGAUGGAGUAUAGUUUGUCUAAUUUUGGUUCAAUGGAUGCAUCUGACACUGCUGAUUCGGACUACUCCACACAGGCCGAUGAAUCAAAGCCUGAUCGCUCAAGCUGUGAGUUCUCCACCUCCGAUUUUGAGGAGGAGUACUGGCAAUUUCUUGGUGCCAGUAGGAACCCAAGUCCUGAUCCUCAAAGCAAAAACCAACAAGGGACUAGUGAGUCUCCUUUCUUUGAGGAAGAGGAGUCCUCAUGCUCUGAAGGAAAAGAGACACCUGUGCCUUCAGAGGACUUUGCAGGGUAUCUUUUUGAGGAUCAGGACUCCACUGCCUUCUAUUCAAGAGAACUUGUAGGGCCAAGGCAGAUAACAAAAAGCAGGAGUGUGCGUAAUGUUUCAGCUCUCAACACCGAGAAUGUAUCCAUGCAGUUUUUACUUGGAAAUGAUGACAGCAGUCUGUUUCUCUGCAGCUGUCCAUCUCUAGAAGCAAGUGGCAGCCUCAGAACACUAAAACCCACACCUUUUCUGUCCAGCACACAUGUACUCGACAAACCCUGUCAAUUCUCCACCCCUGAAGUGUUUGAAAACCUUCUCAAAGAUCAAAGUAGGAGGGACAGCUGUGUCACUUUCUAUGAUUCAGAGAAUAUCUCAUUGGCUCCUGUCUUUGACGACACUUUUUGUACAUUCAGUGAUAAAAUGUCCCUCUCCUCCCUCCAUGAUUUCAAGUGCGGCGACGAGAAACCAAUACCCAUUUUCUCUUGUUCUCAUCCUACCGUACGAGAACUCACAUUCCCAAAUCAAGACUAUGUUUUCUUGAGCUCAGACAUAUCUCCAUUCAGGGUUUUGUCUCGCUCUUUCAUUCAGGGCAGUAUGCUUGGGAUAUCCGCAGCAACCCUACGUGACUUCUCCAGUUUGCUGUUGACGAGGAAGAUUUUCUUCCAAAAUAAUUGCAGUAUCUGGUGUGGAAGCUCUGGUGCCUGGGUGUUUCCAGUUGAGGCUGGGAACAAUACCACCAAGGGAGAAGAUCCACCACUGACUGUGUUUACAGAGGGGAGUGUCUCAACAAAUCCCUCUAAGUUGAUCGGAGAGCUAGCAGUACAGCAAACAAUUUUAGAAACAAUUCAGACAAAAAGACGAGAGGGUAUCUCAGCACUGAAGCAGUCAGAUAUGUGUUUGGUGUGCAUUGCGUUUGCCUCGUGGGUAUUAAGAUCAUCUGAUCCAGAGGCUGCUGAUACUUGGAAAGCAGCUCUUCUAGCAAACGUGAGUGCACUAUCGGCUAUCCAAUACCUGCGACACUAUGUGAAGAGGAAUCCUUCUCAAGAUGAUCCCUGAUAUGUGCACACACAAGAUGUCAUUUCCAAACCUUCUUCACUUGGGUCCAUCCAUAAAAAACAAUAUUUACUGUACAUUUAUUUACCUACCACAGGUGUCCUCUGGCAAAGUAUAUGCAUUGGUUUCCAAGUAACAAUACAGCAUGUAAAAGUAGAAGAAAGCAAACUGAUGUUUAAAGCUUUCAAGUAAGAGCCAUUUCAGGAGUCUGGUGAUAUUUUGUGUUUGUUUGUUCAACAAAUUCCUUGAAAGGUAAUCUAUGCUUUACAUUUUAUAUGUGCUCUGGCAGUUGCAUGUGGUUCCACUCUGAGUCAAACAGAUUUCAUGCAGCCUGGUUUUGGUUUCAAUUUCAACCUUUUAUUUAACAAGGUCCAAGUUGUAGAGUAGUUCAAUCAUGUUUGUAAACAUCCCAGAUGACUACCACUGAUAUUGAAUUUAUAGUAGUUCAUUUUUCAUAUAGAUGCCAUGAAAAAGUGUCCAUAAUAAAUCAAACAAUGAAAAAUAUUGUGUUAUGCUGUACUAUGACUACCGACUACAUCUUUUUGAAUUAAUAAGUUGGUGCGUCCAGAAGUAAUUUGGUCUGCUCACACUGAUGUAGCCUUUGGAAACCAAAAUGAAAAAACUGCAGUGGGAAGUUGUAGGUUUUCAUAUACAGACAAACAAUACAUUAAUAUUAGAAUGCGUUCAAUGUGUGUUGGAAGAUAGCAGUCUCUACGGAGCGUGGUUUGUUUCUAUAUAUAUGCAUUUUUAUUAUUAUAACUAUGUGUGGACAAAGACCAUCCAAUGUUACAUGAUGCAAUUUGUUAAUUGGAAAGUUACUGUUGGGACAUUGGGUUGGUUUGGUAUUUUGAUGUAGUUUCUUGAUCAUAAGACAAAUAGCAUAUCAUCAGCCUCAUUCUUUAACAAGAUAUCAUUUCAGCUGCAUUUUAAACUUUUAAUCAUUUUUCAGUUCUGGGUUAACUAAUGUUGAUAUAAGGACCAUUCUGUUAGUACAGAAGCUUUUACUUGUCAAUCACAAAUGUAAGCGUAUAUUGUGCCAAACAUGUCGCUUUAAAUGCAUUUAGCGGCAAUCAAACUAAGCUAUGAUGGCAGCCUGUUAAGUGUUUGAACAGAUUCCAGGAGAAGUUGGGGUUUCUUUGUAAGAGAAAAAAGGGAAUUAUGAACAGAAGAUGUAGAUAAUGUGCUUGGUUAUGUAUGUUGUAAGCGAGGAUUAAGUAUGUGACUUGAGCUGAAUUUUUAAGAAUAAUGUAAUAUUCUCUUUUCAAAUGUUUUUCCAUUGUCACCCAUGUAAAAAGACAGAACCAUUAACUGCUCAUCACAGGGUGCAUGUUGUGGGAAGUUUAAUGUGAUUUUCCAAUUUUAGACCAUUUGGGCCUUGAAGUUUGAAAAUAUUGUAUUAAGUACUGUCGUGGGGAAAAAGCAAAGAAUUCAGAUGUUCAAAAAAAGAAUGUAAGCGUGUAGAAGAUUCCUGGUUUUUCCUGCUUUGUUCUUUCCUGUUGUGUAUGUAAAAACAAUCAGUUACAUUAUUGGAACAAAAUGUAAGAU